UCCUGCUGCAGGAGACUUCCAAACAGGAGCCUGACACACCACAGGAGCAAAACAAAUGGAGCUACUGUGAAGUGUUAUGAAUAUGGAUUAUUGAAAGAAUGACUUCUCAAAGAUCAAAUGUCUUGCUAUCGCUGGACACUGAAGCAGUCGGCUUGCUCAAACAGGGAGUCAAUUUCAAGAAAAACCCAAAGGAUGGCAAAUGUUACAUCAUAUACAAGAGCAACAAUGGCCUUAUAGCAUGCAAGAACCAAUGCAAACACCAAGGAGGGUUAUUCAUCAAAGACAUAGAGGACCUGGACGGCAGGACUGUUAAAUGCACUAAACACAACUGGAAGUUAAAUGUGUCAACAAUGAAAUAUGUGAACCCACCAGACAGCUUUCUGCAGGACGAGUUAGAAGUAGAGAUCUUGGAUGAUGGGGGGCUUCAGUUAGUCGAGUUGAGCCCCAUGGACCCCUGGCUCGCUGACCCUCGAGAGCCUCUGGAGCUCCAGGAAGGAGAAGUGAAAGUGACGUACUUCACCCAUGCCUGCAUGGAGCUGCAGCUCGGACAGAGGCGGUUCAUGUUCGACCCUUGGCUAACGGGUCCUGCAUUUGCCAGAGGCUGGUGGCUCCUCCAUGAGCCUCCAGCAGACUCACUGGACAGACUGUGUUCAGCGGAUCUCAUCUACAUCAGCCACAUGCACUCUGACCACCUCAGUUACCCCACACUGAAAGUCUUGUCAGAGAGGAGGCCAGAUGUCCCCAUUUAUGUUGGUGACACAGUGAGACCUGUCUUUUGGUAUUUGGAGCAAAGCCAAGUCAAGCUGACCAACAUCAACAUUGUUCCUUUUGGUGUCUGGCAAGAUAUUGACGAACACCUGAGAUUCAUGAUCCUGAUGGAUGGUGUACAUCCUGAAAUGGACACCUGCAUCAUCGUUGAAUAUAAAGGUCACAUGAUCCUGAACACUGUGGACUGCACCAGACCAAACGGGGGCAAGCUGCCUCUGAAUGUGGACUUAAUGUUGAGUGACUUUGCUGGGGGUGCAUCUGGAUUCCCCAUGACCUUUUAUGGAGGGAAAUACAGUGAUUCCUGGAAGGCAGAGUUUGUCAAGAAUGAAAGGAAGAAGCUGCUGAAUUACAAAGCUCAGCUGGUGAAGUCCCUGAAGCCGAGGAUCUACUGCCCAUUCGCUGGCUAUUUUGUGGAGGCUCAUCCAUCAGACAGAUACAUUAAGGAUACAAAUACUAAAAACAGUGCAGAGGACCUCAAUGCGCUCAUCAAUAAGCAUGCACCAGACAUCAAGACAUGGACGCCAAAGCCAGGCGCUGUGCUGGACCUCGGCCUCGCUCUGAGAGACCCCACUAACAGUGAAGCCAUCACCAAUCCCCCAGCCAGUGCAAAAAUCUACAAGGACAGCUGGGAUUUCGACUUGUAUGUUGAUGAACUGAACAGCGCCAUCACCUCUGAGAUAUUUAAACAUCGAAGCUGGAUCCAGUUUUAUUACACCUGGGCAGGCUUUCAAAACUACAACCUUGUUGUGCGGGUGAUUGAGACAGAUGACGACUUUGAACCCCUUACUGAUCGGUACGACUACUUGGUGGACUUUAUGGAUCUGUCAUUCCCCAGCAAGAGGCCUGACAGAGAGCACUGCUACGUAGAGGUUCUGGAACCACUUCCAGAUAGAGCUACCAGUUCGCAGGCCAGACUGGGACCAGUUCCUGCAGCAGGAGACUUCCAGCCAGGAGCCUGACACACCACAGGAGCAAAACAAAUGGAGCUACUGUGAAGUGUUAUGAAUAUCAAGUUGGUAUCAGUGUUUCCAAAAUAACAUAACGAUUGUGUGGUAAUGCAGUUUAAAGUGAGCCUAGGUAACUCCUGAAAAAAAAAUCUUUCUCUCUAAUUCAGUAACACUGUAUUUUGCUGCUACAGUCUUUAUGUGGUCUGGUAGGACCAGUAGCUUAAAGUGUCUUAUGUUAGAAAACUUUUGUGUGAUAUUGCUGUGUAACUGACAUCGCUGAGUCAAUCACACUGCUCUGUAAGCUUGUAAGCAACAUGAGUCAUUAACACAUUUUACAGAAAGAGAAAGGAUAGAUGCUGAUAUAGAAAUACCAUACUUGGAAGUAUUCAGGACAUGUGGUUAAUUAGCUAAAACUUUAAAGAACCCUGGUAUGGUAGUGACAGCAUAACACAUAACACACAACCCCCACAUCAGGUGUCCUUCUGGUUACAGUAUAUAAAGUAUAAUAUUCAAACUUUGAUGAUUCAUUAAUUAUUGUCAGGAUUUUUAUCUUUUGUUAGUCAAGUGAAAUUAGUCAGUUUCACAUAUCUCAACGGGCUUUAGAGGCCAAAAUAUGAAGAUUCAAUAAGAAAACAACUUUCAGAAGGAGGGAAUUCAUCAGUGUCAAUGCUCUAUUUGGCUGGGAAAGUUAUUUAAUCUGCAUUAUGUUAUAUUUAUAACCAGGGUCUGUUGGAUUAGGUAUUACAUCUGAUCAUUUUACUGGUAUGGGUGACACCACUGAAUGUGGAGACUGAGCAUAAAAUGCUUCUCUACUACAGUGCUUUAUUUUGUUGGGAGUCCUGGUGCAAGUGCCUUUUAAUGAAGUGAAGGAGGUUAAUUGAGUGCUACUGAAAUACGGAAAUGUAUUUUCUGCUGUAAUUUAUCAUUAAUAAUAAAUGGAUGCACUGUCAAAUAAAAACAACAGUGGUAAAACUGUGUUAUUUGUUGAGUACUUAGCAGAUCGGUGAAAGCUUGUGAGUGUGUGACCACAGAAAGGGAAUUGUGUAUGCUGGUCCUGUGACCUACUGGAAAGUAAGUUGUUUCCAGUUUGAGUGUUUGCCAAAUGAAUGGAAUGGAAUUUAUUGAUUUUGUGUAUGAAGUCUAAACAUCACGUUGUUGAUGUAUGAUAAGGUCUGUAAUGCCUCAGAGAAGCUUGACACAGACAGUCAGUACAAGAUAAACAUUCAUGUUUACUAAAUUCUAAGAGCAGGCGAGGGUCAUAACCAGGUAGACCGUCAAAACAAGCAAGCUUAUGCAGAUGAGGGUCGGGCUAGGCUCGUAAGGGAUCCCUCACGAGGUGUUACAGAUCACUGUCCACUAGGACUAAACCCUUCAACAGCUUUGUCCCCACAGCUAUAAGGACUUUGAACUCCUCCCUCUAGCACCUUCCUCACACUACAGGCUUGCAUACUAUUUUCCUAAUGUAUUCCUGUAUUAUUUUGCAAUAUUAUGUGGAGUGUCUGCUGAUGUCCAUGUAUGUAUGCAUUGUGCGUUGUGAGUUUAACAUACUGCACCAAAAACAAAUUC